UAUUUAAUAUGAAUGAUGCCAUAUUUUGUACAAAUUAUUGCACUAGAAUACCAUUUUAGCAUAAUAACAAUCAUGUCUGCCGCAGAAAUAACGGUUGAAGAGCCACUUACGUCUAACGUAAGACCAGCCACUGAUGCAUUAGUUACCAUCAGAAUUAUCAAAUCGUUCCCAUAUAGAAAUGUGAAGAAUUACAUCAUGCAUUCUAUAAAUUUGAAAGAAACUAGUCCUAAACAAUUAUUAGAUCAAGUGAAAAAUAUUAUUCAAACCACAGGUGGGUUAAGACCAUACAGAUCUGUUGAAUAUGAUACAAUUAAGAUUUAUACUAAGGCCCAUGGAUCCAAGUCUAUGAAUUUGGUUAUUAACUUUGAAGAAGAUGAAGAAUGGGUAUUGAUAAAUGGAGUGGACAAGAAGGGAGAAGAUAAGAGUUUAUGGGAUUUAGGAGUAGAAAAUGAAACUGAAUUGAGUGUAUUCAAAUGGGAAGAUUAUGUAGCUUAUAAGGCUAACCCCGAAGAGAAGUGGUAAAUUUAGCAUAGGCAAUUCAUUUAAAGCAUGUCAUUUUUUUAUAUUAUUCUCUUUUUAUUGGUCAAUAUCUGUAAUAUAUAUUAAUCCGUAUGUGAUUCUAUGGUAAAAUUUG